AGGGACCUUGUUUGGGGUGGCAUUCAAAUGCGGUGACCUCCUGCGAUUCGCAUCAAACGCCACACGCUUGGCAAAACAACCUCUGACACCAACUUUUAUUCAGGUCAAGAAGUGAAAGCGCCCAUUCCAAACAAGUGGAUUAAGCAGGAGGGGGUCCGUGUGCGGGGGAGCGCGGGGAUGACCGGGGGAAGUUGCGACUCGCGCCAGUGAAGAGGAAAUAAUCACAAUGUUACCUUCUCAUGAAUAAUUAACUUCCCUGUUUCUAUUUUAGCCCCGGCUGAAAAUGCAGCAUUUUCGUCCGUGGGUCUGAGGCGGUGUGCGACGGUGUUUUUUGACAGCUGUAUUACUGCUGAUAAGCGAGCCUGUGCGAGCUGAUCAAGUAGUGAGACAAGCGUUCAGAGCAGCAGCAGCACAGCAGCAGCAGCGCUGUAGUCACUAGGAGCCGUGGCGGCAGAAGCAGCAGCAGCACUAUCAGUCACAGCGCAGGCAGCAGCGACAGCAGCAGCAGCAACAAACUCUCUCCCCGUGUUUUUCUCUUCUUUCUGGAGUUUUUUUUCCCUGCUCGGAGGACGGACGCCACGGAAGUAGGAGGGAAGUGAUCCGUGGGCUGAUAGCUGCCAUCAAAAACAAAACCAAAACGCAGACCUGGCUGCCCCCAUGCCUAUCGAAUUUGUUUGCAAAAUCAAAUUUGCAGAGGAGGAUGAGAAGCAGAAAAACAAGCAGGAUGGGGACAAGGAGAGUCUGAUCGAGGAGAGCUGCGCCCCUCCGGCCAAGGACUUGGCUGGGUUUGCUAACUCCUGCUCCCUCCAUGGGAUUAACCAUAUCUUUGUCUCUGGUCGCCUGGGCAUCCGGCAGACUCUCUGGGCUCUCGCCUUUUUGACUUCGCUGGGGCUGUUUCUGUAUCAAGCGGCAAAGUGUGCCAUCUCUUACCUGGAGCACCCUCAUGUCACCGCUCUGAACGAGGAGGCGACCCCCGAGAUGGUUUUCCCCGCCGUGACCAUCUGCAACAUCAACCGCUUUCGCUUCUCCGCGCUGACCGACGCCGAUAUCUACCACUUGGCUAACUUGACGGGGCUGCCCCCCAAAAACAGGGACGGGCACAAACCCACUGAUUUAAUGUAUCCUGCUCCCGACAUGCAGGACAUCUUCAACAGGACGGGACACCAGUUAGAAGAGAUGCUCAUGAGCUGCAAUUUCAGUGGACAGAACUGCUCAGUGGAGGACUUCUCUGUGGUUUACACCAGAUAUGGGAAAUGCUACACUUUUAAUGGCAACAAGACUACAUCCAGGAAAACCAAGCAGGGCGGAAUGGGAAAUGGGCUGGAGAUCAUGUUGGAUAUCCAGCAGGAUGAGUAUCUGCCCAUCUGGAGAGAGACAAAUGAGACGUCCCUGGAGGCCGGCAUCCGAGUUCAGAUCCACAGUCAAGACGAGCCUCCCUACAUCCACCAGCUGGGCUUCGGCGUCUCUCCGGGCUUCCAGACCUUUGUUUCAUGUCAGGAGCAGAGGCUGACCUACCUGCCCCAGCCCUGGGGGAACUGCCGCUCCACCAGCAAAGAGAAGUUCCCAGGAUACGACACCUACAGCAUCAGCGCCUGUCGCCUGCUCUGCGAGACCAACGAGGUCCUACAAGUGUGCAAGUGCAGGAUGGUGCACAUGCCUGGAACUGCAGAUAUCUGCCCUCCCAGUAAAAUCAACUGUGUUGACAAAGCACUCGCACAGAUGCAGAAGAACAGCGGGGACAGCUGUCCAUGCGAGACGCCCUGUAAUCUCACCCGCUACGGUAAAGAGCUCUCCAUGGUCAAAAUCCCCAGCAAGGGCUCGGCUCGCUACCUCUCCAGGAAAUACGACAAGUCGGAGGACUACAUCAGAGACAACUUCCUGGUCUUGGAUAUCUUCUUUGAAGCCCUGAACUACGAAACAAUUGAGCAGAAGAAAGCGUAUGACGUCGCAGGUUUAUUAGGUGACAUUGGUGGACAGAUGGGCUUAUUCAUUGGCGCCAGCAUCCUGACAGUCUUAGAAAUACUGGAUUACAUCUAUGAGGUGAUCAAGCACCGACUACAGCGUCUGCUGAGGCCGCAAAAAGAGGAGAAGAAGAACAAGCAGCAGACCAGCACUGUUGCAACAGUGGGUCUAGAGGAAAUGAAAGCAAAGGAACCCAACGACACGGCACGGAGUCACCCAGAAGGAGCGUACGCCAACACGAUUCUCCCCAACCACCACCAACCUCACCCCCACCCCCACCCUCACCCUCACCACCAUCACGCCGGACGCCACGGGGUGUUCGAGGACUUCGCGUGCUAAAGCCAACCAUUGUUUCCCGUCCUGGUGACAACAAAAGAUAAGAGCCGUCUGUGUUGAGAUCAAUAACAGAGCCCCGGCGUUUCCCGUCGCUCCUUUGCUGUCACCAGAGAAAAAGCUACAGCCAAAGUCAAACACCAAACUUGUGCUGCUAACAAACCACUUGUACGUGCAGUAUGUAGGCACAAAUCGGACACGGCUUUUUUUCCUCUCGCUCUCUCCUCUCUCUCCCUCCCUCUUUUCCCCUCUCUCUGGAUGGACCCCGCUCCACUUUGCCCUGCUUCACCUUGUGGUUCCAGGACCAAUCUUUGGUGCGUGAUCGCUACAAGGGAGCAAGAGGAGGACUGCAUGUCACCUUGAUCCCGUUUAUACUCCAAAAAAGGAAGAAUAUGAUUUAUUUAUUCAGCGAGCAUCCCAGAUUUUUAUUUUUCUGUCUGCAUCCCUCCAUCUUCCUUCAAACUACUUCUCCUGUUUCAUGGCGAACACACUGUACCAUAUUAAGUCAUUGCACAUGAUAAAUUAUGUAAUUAUUUAAAGAGAUAAUAUUAUCUAUAUGUUCUAUAUUGUAUACAAGAUGACGAUACUUAAGUAAGAAAACCUUAUUCGUGUUACACAAUCCAAAGUACGAGGGGGAUUAUUUAGGCUGAAAUGUGUGACCUUGGCUUCUAGCAGCAUCUUUCCACAUGAUACACUUUGUCUGGUUUGUGGUUAAGGUGUUAGAGAGUAGCAUUGUACCUGUACAUAAAGUCCGACUUAAAAAUAAGAAAGCUCUAAAAGUUCUGUUUCAGUGGUUGUUGUUUAUAUUUUGUUAAUAUAUAACUUAUGUAAUAUUAACUUUAGUUAUUUAUACAUUUUAGAGGAGAUUUUUAUAUGAAAAUAGCGAUCACGAUUGUAGCAAAUUACUGUACACUUACAACCCGCAGAUACGUCAGACUGCCAAACAUCAACACAUUUGUCCGGGCGACGCGAAUGGAUCGUGACUAUUUUCUCCAUCGUUUCCUUUUAAACUUUGCAACGCACACGCCCUUUUGCAUAUAGAUGAGAUGUGGAUUAUGGUUUCUGUUAUGCUCCUGCUUGAGGUAUUCUUCACAUUCGACUCAUUUCCGCCCACCGUCCUCUCUUCACUUUGGUUAGCAUCAUAACUUUAAGCUGACAUAAGCAAUAAGAGACAGAAUUUAGAUUUUUUUUUCUUUUUUUUUUUUUUGCCAAGUCAUCUCUUUCAGCUGUGGCCAGAACCACUGUAAAAGCGCAGCAGCUAUUUACCGCGUGGAUCUGGCUACUGUGUGUGUGUGUGUGUGUGUGUGUGUAUUUAUGUGUUUGCAUGCGCACUUGAACACUUUGCACACAUGACUGAGCACAUUAGGCUGACACGACACAGCUGAGCUGAUCGAUGACAAAAAAAAAGGGGCGAUUAGAUUCUGAAUAGUUAGGAAGAAUUAGGGGAGUAAUGAUGCAGCGGUGAGGUUUUUAUCAACUAAAUCCAGCUGUGGGGGCGCAGAGAGGUUUGUAAUGUAAACAUUAUUGUUCCGGAGGCUGAUUUACUUAAGGGCGGGACAAGGACGCCACAAAUUUUAAGAGCACAAGUUUGCAAAGUGAGCGUAAAAAGGGAUUCACUCAUAAUCAUAUUUGUCGCUAUCACACAAGGUCAGCGUUCACACUUCAGCCCUUUUCCACUGCAUUAACUUACCGAGAACUUACAAGGAAGGAUUUGGUUCAGUCUUAUUUGGACGUUUGGACUCAUGCUGUUAAAAAGGCAUCAGCAGCACCAACUAUUCUGUAUUAAAGAACUGCAUCCUUUUUUAUGACAGCAGUGCUCUGUAAGUAAUUGUGGGGUACACAAGCAUGGAGUCAGGGAACUAGUGGGACGAGCACAAGCCAAACUUUUGCCGUGUGUCUGCAUUUCACUUUCUGAAUUUCAAACAUGUUUGUGUAACAAACAUUUUCCAGUAUAAUAAAAAAAGUAGUCCUGCUCCGUACAGAUUCAGUAUCCUUAUUGAAUCUGCUAAAUUACUCGAAGGCAACGGGGCAGAUCCCAGAUUUUAGUUCCACGACAGCAACGUGUACCUGUUUAAGCCCCGCCCCCCUCGAGGAGGUCAAACACGUGCUGAUUUCUUUUCAUUGUUUUGAAAAGACGGAAACUUUAAACCAGAAUAUGACACCCGUUAGCCUGGACAGCCUCAAACUUGGCACGGCUCGAUCAAGCGGGCGCCAGCAACCGCAGACAGCAGACACACACAAAAAAACAGACAUUUCUUUAUUGUUUGGUGAGGUUUCUCCCACUGUGGAACAAGCUGUGUCUACAUGCUAUGUUUUGCUGUUUGCUGUGACUAAGUUCUUUCAGUGGAAACGAUUGCGCACGAGGCUACCCCGGCUAGCGCUGAACUUCUGAGACUAGCUGGACAAGCUUUGUGUGAACUGAAGUGGCCUUUACAACAUAGUUUUCUUUAUUUUUUACUAAUGACGUCACGAUGACGUCACGAUGGGGCUUCUGUCUAAAAUUCCUGCUGAUGCAGUAAGACUCGUACUUUGCAAAUAUGCUGUACGCUCAGCUCAUCGUUGGUCUGUCUUUGUAACCAUAAGAUGUAUUAGGAAAUGAUAAAUGAUUUCUGUGCUUCAUUAGCCUGUUAAGAGUUUCUCCAGUCAUCCAUACUUGACUGCUGUGUGUGGUAGAGUUACAUGACUGUGUAACUAUCACAAGACGAACGCUGUUCAUUUGAGUGAGAUUUGUGGGACAUGCUAGCACGGUGCUAUCACGCUGCAGUUUGGAUUUGUGUGUGUUAAAACAGACACCACCUCACGUCUUGGUGUGAACAAGAGUUACUGCACAAUAGGUGGCGGACAAUCCCCUUUCAACGUGUGUCACACAGAUGUACGAAAUACUUCACAUUACUGGAUUUCAUGUUAACAAAUGACAACAUUUUUUUUUUUUUUUUGUUCCUGUUCAUCUGAUGUGCAUUUUCUGUUGCUGUAAUAUUGCCAUAUAUCAGUUCGCCUCACAGUGAGAUUCCACAGUCUGCAUGUGUCAAAUCCUCUCCUCCGUUCAAGUAAUCAUGGGCUAUACAUGGCCGUUUAAUAUUCAUAAUCAUGUGUCACUUUGACAUUUUCAAAAGGUUCCCAAUCACAGUCUCUGAUGGCAUCCUGUACAGGCUAUGCAUAACAAUCUCCUCCUCUGUCAUCAAUAAUUGUAGCUAUCCUCCGAGAAGUCACACAGGGGGGGCUGGUGUGUUGAGAUGAAUACAGGGUUGCAUUAUCACCACGGAGUUUUGUUUGAACGACGGGGGCCUGGAGGCGCCGCGUUUAGCCGCGCCGUCAAACACAACUUAGUUAAAACACAGAUAAGUCGACGACGAAGAGCUGGUUUUACGACGGCGGUGUGUGUGUGUGUGUGUGUGUGUGUGUGUGUGUGUGAGGGGCCACAGGUCUGCUCAGUGGGCGGCAGGUCUACGCCGUAGCAGCUGGGACGACUUCCCCGCUUGACGACAUGUAGCUCACAUUCCUGGGAUUCCUCCGGCCGCCGCUCUCGGCUCCCUUCUUGUGCAGCUCUUGGGACUUCUUACCUUUUUAUAGCUCUGUGAAACUGAGUCUGUUUGUGCUUCUUACACUGUCCAUGUACAUCUAUGUAACCCAGCCAGCCACAGAUGUUAAGUUUUCUUUUUUUUUUUUUUCUUUCCCAGCUUGUUUUAUUUUAUUUGUUUUGGCCUGACAGAGAAAUACAAGUGCAGGGUGAUGCGAGCAGAUGUCAUGGAUUCAUCUCAUAUCUGACAGAAAUGGAACUGGACCGUCCCUGCAAGUACCAACGAGCGCUUACAUUUUGUACAUAAGUGUGAUCCUGUGAUUAUUUCCUCUGUUAAGACACAUUUUAUAAAUGUUAAAUAUGAUAAAUACGAUGACUAUUAAAGUUUAGAUAAAAACCAGUGCCUCUUAAAUCCA